AUGGCGAAGAGUUUCGAGUUCCAGUUCGAUCUUGACGAUGACGAAGAAACAUGGCUCACUCCUCAACUAUCAGAAAGAUCGGUGGGAACGCAGUCCAAGCCUGUGGAUUUGAAGGAAUGGUUCGGACAGAUUCAGACCUCUGAUCGGGCAUCUUUACUUAGUAAAAAGUUGCAGAAAUAUGCGCAGAAACGAGCUGCACGAAACGAAAGAUUACGCUUGGGAAUCUCUUCUUCCCUGGAUGUCGUAGCGGAAGCAGAUGGAAGUCCUGAACCUGUAUAUGCGUCAGAGGACAUCAAAACAUUGGACUCUUCUCCUUCUCCGACGGCGAUAUGUGCACCUAAAAUACAGCAAAGUGAAGAGGAAGUGCAGUCUCCACAUCACGAAAAAAUAUGUGACUCUGGCAUAGCGAACAGUUUUACUGAUCCAUCAGAUACUUCGUCCUGCGCCAGUUCUACCAUAGCAUCGAAGCUAGUAAGCUCGACACCUUUACCAGGUUCGGACCACCGCUCUUUUGGUGACACUGAAGAUGAGUCCCCCUCGCCAGUCUACUCACCACGUGCACCCAAACAAGAACCGUCAGACUCUGAUGAGGAAUUCUUCGACGCAAGUUCGGAUUUCUGCGAAGACGUGCGGAACCUAUUAUUGACGUCGUCACUGCAUGAAGAUCAACUUGACGGCAAUGGCAUGCUGCCGGAUGAAGACUCGGGGAUUUCUGUUGUCCGUAAUUGUAUGACUCAGUCACUGAUGAAAGUUGAAGAGGAGACCCCUGUGUCUCAGCUGAUAGUUCAGUCAAACAACUCGAAGCCAUUCAGAUCGAGCUCUGUUAGUCCCCGCCCCAUUUCCAUCAUGGAUUCCAAUACAAUGUCGACACAAAUGAGUACAACUCCAUCAAAAGAGUUUGCUGGAAGUAUUGAACAGCUGCGUAAUCAACACUCAAAAACUACACCGCUGACGUCCCGAAAUCGCGGUGCCACCACCAAAUCUCAGGCGAGACUAUCACGACCGGCUACUACUACAUUACGGCCAUUGGCGACACCUCGUCCUACAGGGAACACCACAACCCCUGUGAACUUAAGUCAGAGAAAUUCUGGACAGUCCAAAGUGCGUAUGUCUAACCCGAAAGCCCAGCUUCUGCAAACACUAAUAUCGACACCAGUUGCGGCCAGUAAAGAUGCAGAUCGAAAUAGCAACAUUACUACCACGCCGGAUAACCUAACACCUCGAGCGGCUUCUGCACCACGCCCUUCGCCACAAACUCAUCCUGACAUACCGGAUCUGGCAGCUCUAAGAGAAAUCGCAAGACAACAAGAAGAAGCUCUGCGCCAGGCCGUAGAACAGCAACAACAUGGGUAUAUUGAGCGGAAACAUUCGUGGCAAAACGAUGCCCUUUCCAAGAGCGCACACUCAUCAGCAGGUUCUCUUGUUAGUAGUAAGUCAGUGGAUAUGACAACCCUUCACAAAGCGAAUGCAAAUAGUGCUUCGAAAAUUCCUGGGCCAACUCGGGUGCAAAGAAAAACCGGAAUCCCUGCUCCUUCGAAAAGAAAUCAGUCCACACAAACCGAUUUGGAGCUGCUGCACGCUGUGCUUCGGCCGUCCCGCAGCCUACCGACGAUGAUGAGUGCUUCUGACGAUUUCGAUAUUCUACAGUCACUUGCCAUAUCGUUUUCCAGCGCAUCAUUUGUUCCACGCAGUCGAGGUUCAAAUUUUUGA